AUGGAGAUUCGUACCUUCUCCGAUUUGGUGAACAAAGUGAGGGUGGUUGAGGAAUAUGCAAAGACAGUUGUUUCGUCCAAGGACACUCAUAGAGAAAACACUAGUAGGGGACGUGGCAAGUACUUUCAGAAAAGGGGGCAGAAUUUCAAGAGAGGAGGACAUGCGCCUCAAGGUCAAGGAGGCUUCAGAAAGAACACUCAUAAUCAGUUUCAGUAUACUAAAGGGAGAGGAAAUCAGAGUAAGCUUUCUCCAGAAUUGACUUGUGUGGUUACUUCAAUUGUGGCUUGCCUGGUCACAUUACGAGGGGAUUGCACUCGUGGGAAGAACCCGAAUGCGGGUCAGAGUCAGCACCAGGGGCGAGUGUUUUCUGUGAACGCCAAUGAUGCUACUAAGGCGGAUCCUCUGAUGAGAGGUAACUAUUUAAUUGGUGACAAAUUCUUGAUUGCAUUAUAUGAUAUUGGAGCUUCGCAUUCGUUUAUUUCAUUUGACAAAGUUGAGGAACUAGGCUUGAAAGUGUCAGAAUUGGCAUUUGAAUUGCAUGUACAUACUCUGCAUCAGACGGUUAUGACUAGGUCAGGGUAUAAGUAA